AUGCCCCAGCAGUCCAAAGCAAAGCUUCUCCAUCAGUUGACCGAAGUCCCUGCCGGCUGGCCCCUGGCGACCGUCAUCGACGCCUUCGCCUACUUGGCUGCUUUUCUUGCCUAUGCUCCUUCGGAUCGAGCUCUUGAGGCGCUGAGCCUGCGCCUGGUGGAGCUCUGGGCCGCGCAGCCGGAGGAGGCCCAGGCCUGGCUCGAGCCCUUCGGGGAGCUGAACACGGCGACGAGGCAGGGGCGCCUCUGCGAGGCGCUGCUCCGGCACGGGGCGGCCGAGUGGGGGAAGUACAAGUGGGGGUACGGCUGGCACUUCUCCGAGGCAGGGCUCCUUCGAGGCCCGCUCCGCUCAGCAGCAGCGGAGCGGGAGCGGAUAGCGGCUUCGUACCUGCAGUGGCCCGACAUGCGCGAUCGCUGCCGGGAGCUCGCGGAGCGGCUCGUGGAGGCGGAGAGCCCGGAGACGGCGCGGAAGCGCCAGAAGCUCGAGGAGGAGACCUCCCAGAGCCUGCGCCUCGAAGCGGAGCUCCAGAAGUCGCAGGAGGAGGAGUGUCGAGAUCUUCGCAAUCGCCUGGCCGCGGCGGAGGCGGAGGUGAGCAGCAAGGAGGCGGAGCUCCAAGCCGCGCAGAACGAGAGCGCAGGUCUCAAAGAGCAAUGCGAAGAGCUCGCAACUCGUGCGGCAGCUGCGGAUGGGGCGGCAGCGGAGAUGCGAACGGAACUCCGACAGUUGCACGAGCGCUGCGAGGAUCUUUCGGCUCGUUUGGAGGCGGCAGAGGUUGAAGUUGAGCAUGCUAAGGCCCAGGAGCGUUUGCCGCACGAUGUCACUGAAAAGCAGUUGGAGGCCCUGGCGGAGAUGCGAAUUGAGAUGCGGCAAGGGCAGGACACGCAUUGCAAGUGCUGCGCAGAUCUUGCCAGUCGAUUGGAAGUGGCAGAGGCAGGAGCAGUUAAGCAUGCAAGGACGAGGGAGCAUCUGGCUGAGGCCGAAUCCGUUGUCGAUGCAAAGCAGGUGCAACCACAGCAGCUGCAAGAGGAGAGCCGCAGUUACAAGGAGGCACGCUACUUCCCGAUUUCCUCAGAAGAGGUGGGAAGCAAGGCUGAGCUGCAGCUGGAGAAGGCAGUUCUGCACGACCGCUGUGAGCAGCUCAGACAGCAGCUCGCCAAAGCAGAGACGAAGCUGGAUCUCAUGCAGGAUCUGCGCGAAGAGAUCGGCAUGUACAAGGAGCGCCUGCGUUGGCUGGAAUGCCAGCUUCAUCAGGCCAAGAGGAACCAUCGCUUGGAUGGUGGCAUCUCGGGACAUCGCACCCCGAAACAUCACGGUGCAAAUGCGGGCGACACAGGCUUCAGUCAUCAAGAGUCGGAUCUUGCCGAGCAGCUGGGGUACAGCCUCGUGGAUGAAGACCACGCCUCCGUCCCAAGUGGAUCCUCCAGUUGCUCGGUGAAGCAGAACUGCUUCAUGCUGGAUGCCAUCUUCAAGACCCGCAUGGACGUCUUUCGUGAGGGCAGUGACCUCCAGAAGGGGUCGCAGGUUCUGGCUGGCGAUGGCAAGACCGUCUUGGAGGUGGUCGAGAUCUCGAAGGAAGGGCAGGCUACAGAAGUGGUCGACUUGCAGGCUGGCGCUGCAACCCUGCGGGUGACCCCGGACCAUCCCGUGCAGAUUCCCGAUGAACGUGGCGAGCCGGGCCGCCACGUCUACAUGCCUGCGGGGAAGCUGAAGCCGGGCGACUUCGUGAUGCUCGACUCGGGGGAGCCGGUGGCGCUCACCCGUGCAGAGGCGCAGGCCAUGGAGUGCAAGGUUUUGAAGAUCGUCUUCAAGCCGGACUUGCCUGUAGCCGUGUUUUCCAGCCCAUCCUGCAUUCUCAGCAAGGGGCACAAGAAGAAAUCGCAGGUGCGCCGCAGUGGCAUGGGUGGGAGAGGCAAGGACUCGAUCGAUCCCAUGGAUGGCGGCGCUUCGAUUCCGGACACUGCGGCCGGGGAGUACAUGGACUGA